UUUUCCUAACCCUUGAAUUUGAGAAUCAGUAUCUCACCUACCAUUCUCAUUUAUUUUAUUUUAUUGAGCCAGUAGUUGAAGAGUGAAAAUGAACAAAUGGAUUUUCACGUAAUAUUAUUUAGUGCAACGAUAAAAGCAAGAUCCACCUAUAGUAAAUGGUUUCAAGUCAGAUCUUACAAGACAGAUAGGACUGUUAUGAUGAAAUUUUGGUCCAGAAAAAGAGAUACGUUAGGUUCGAUAUAUAGUUCAGAGGCAUGCAUUGACACUUGUGUCAAUUUCUUCUUGGUUGCUUAAUAUUUGUAUUUACUGAAGAAGAAGAAGAAGAUUGAACGAUAUCCGUUUGGUGAAUAAUCAUGAAUGAGUUCCAUGUUGUUUCCACCAUGUUUAACAUGCUUCAUCUUCUUUUUCUUCUUCCUACUCCUUAUUUCUGUCUGUAAAAUCCAAUUCACAGCUUUUCCAUAACCAUCAAACCCAUACGUACAACAAGUCAACAACCAUAGCAAGCAACAAGCAACAGCACACCAUAAUGCUGGAAAACCCACGUGACCCUCUUCUCCAACUAAGCCAUGCCGGCGACGAUGGAACUCACCAGCCCAUAUGGUGGAAGAAACUGUUGGACAAAGAGGAGGUCAAGAAACAGCUCGCCAUUUCCUUUCCAAUGAUUCUCACUAAUGUCUUCUAUUACCUAAUCCCUUUGGUUUCCGUCAUGUUUGCCGGUCAUCUUGGCGAGCUCGAACUCGCCGGAGCGACUCUCGCCAAUUCCUGGGCUACUGUCACCGGAUUCGCUUUCAUGACGGGGCUGAGCGGUGCAUUGGAGACGCUCUGCGGCCAAGGUUUUGGGGCAAAAUUAUACAGAUUCUUAGGGAUUCAUCUGCAGUCUUCUUGUAUAAUCUCCUUUUCCUUCUCAAUUUUCAUUUCCAUUUUAUGGUUCUACACAGAACCCGUCUUGAAAUUGCUUCAGCAAGAUCCUGAUGUAUCAAAAACGGCUGCUCGGUAUGUGAAAUUUCUGGUUCCUGGGAUUUUUGCUUAUGGGUUUUUACAGAACAGCGUGAGGUUCAUUCAGGCUCAGUCGGAUGUUAUGUUUCUGGCUGUGCUCUCUGCACUUCCUUUGAUUCUUCAUCUGGGUGUUGCUUAUGCUUUUAUGAACUGGACAAGUUUAGGACUUGAAGGAGCUGCUUUGGCUGCUUCCAUUUCAUUGUGGGUGGCUUUUCUGGUUGUGGCUAUUCAUGUGUUUAAGUCUCAGAAAUAUGAACUUACAUGGGGAGGAUUUUCUGUGGAAGCUUUUGAUUACAUAUUUGUUAAUUUGAAACUUGCUUUGCCCUCUGCUGCAAUGGUUUGUUUGGAGUAUUGGGCAUUUGAGAUUCUUGUGUUCUUGGCUGGAUUAGCUCCAAACUCAGAAACAAAUACAUCUUUAAUUGCAAUUUGUGUAAACACAGAAGCCAUUGCCUACAUGAUCACAUAUGGACUGAGUGCAGCUGCAAGCACAAGGGUGUCAAAUGAGUUGGGGGCAGGCAAUCCCGAGAAAGGAAGACAAGCCAUGUUUGUUACUCUUCUACUUUCAAUUCUUCUUGGCCUUACAGUUGUCCUUCUUUUGGCAUCUGGCCACAACACUUGGGCUGGAUUCUUUAGUGAUAGUCCUGUUAUUAUACAAGCAUUUGCCUCCAUGACACCCCUUCUAACUAUUUCCGUGCUUGCCGACUCUGUGCAAGGCGUAUUAUCAGGGGUGGCUAGAGGAUGUGGGUGGCAACACAUGGUUGUGUUUGUAAACUUGGCUACGUUCUAUCUUGUUGGUAUUUCAAUAGCAGUUUUUCUGGAAUUCAGAAUGAAACUUUACGCUAAGGGGCUGUGGAUUGGGUUGAUCUGUGGUUUGGUAUGCCAAACUUUGACCCUAUUGAUAUUAAUAGUUCGAUCAAAAUGGACAAGAAUUGAGCUCUCUGAUCAUCAACACAAACCAAUUCCAACGUCGCCUUAAUUCUUAAGGAACUUUUGAUAAUACAAUAAACCCUCUUGGUCUUGGGUACUAAUAUGUAUGAUUUGAAUUCUUGAUCCGACCUAUAUGUUCAGUUGGAACUUCACGAUUUGAAGAAUUUCAAGUCAUUAAGGAUUUUAAAUGAAUUUCGUUUUGUUGUAUAAAUUCUUAA